UGUAUGAGAAGGGACACCAUAUGCUGAGUUUAUACUGGGUUCGCCCAGACUUCGCAGGCUAGUCGUACUACUCCUUAGUAGUCGGUGAUCGUAUCGAUACAUUCUUCAGUUUACGUUUCGCCUUUCCAAGGUAGAUUGGAAAUCGACAGACAAUGGACUGACACUCACUGAUGGUUUGAAGUUACUUCUUUAACAAGAUAAUGUGUUUUAAAAUUAUUGAUAUGCUUUGCUACUUUUCGCCAUAAGGAACUGUCUUCAUUCACGUAUUCAUUGUUUUGAAUGUUACAUUCCUCACGUUUUUCGCCGUUCCAAAUGUUUACCUUUCUGAACAUUUUUGGCGAUAAAUAUAUUAAGAAAUACGUUCCGAAGAUAUAGUUUUAUAAGAAACAUAAAAAUAAUUUCAGUGAAAUUAGAAUCCAACAACUAUGGGCUUUCUUGGAAAUAACAGUACAAUUGCGAACGAAUCCUCUCACAUGGAUUUUGGAUUCAAUUUGCCAUGGUGGCAACAAUUUCUCUUCAUCACCGCUUUUUCGUUAUUGUUUAUCGUCGCCGCGGCAGGGAAUAUCAUCGUUAUUUGGAUUGUUAUGGCACAUAAACGAAUGCGGACAGUGACAAAUUACUUCCUUGUGAACCUGGCUAUUGCGGACGCUCUGAUAUCCGUACUGAACACCCUGUUCACGUUCACGUUCUGUCUGUACCAGGACUGGUGGUACGGGGACGCUUAUUGUCGAUUUACACAGUUUAUCAGUCUAUGUACAGUCACAGCAAGUGUCCUCACCUUCAUGGCCAUAGCAAUAGACAGAUACAUGGCCAUCAUACACCCCCUCCGGCCACGCAUGACUGGUCGUGUCGUACUAGCUAUCUGUAUGAUCUGGGGCGUGUCAACUUUCCUCUCUAUACCAAAUCUGAUUUACGGAACCACAAAAGUUCAACAGUUCGGCAAUAUCUCCAUCACUGUUUGCUUUAUACAAUGGCCCGAUGGCAAUGCUAACACUGGGAGCAGAACCGAUUUUGCAUACAAUGUACUCAUUAUUCUGGUGACGUACCUGUUACCAAUGACGACACUGGCUGUGACGUAUUCACGGAUAGGGGUGGAGCUGUGGGGAAGUCGGGCUAUCGGAGAGAAUACGCCUGUACAGUACGAACGAAUCAAGUCCAAGCGUAAGGUGGUGAAGAUGAUGGUGGUUGUGGUGGUGAUUUUUGGGAUUUGCUGGGUCCCGUAUCACCUGUACUUUAUCUUCGCGUCUUAUACAGAGAUUGAGCGAUAUAACAAUGUCCAACAGAUCUAUCUGAUCAUCUAUUGGCUGGCCAUGAGUAACUCCAUGUACAACCCACUCAUCUACUGCUGGAUGAACGCCAAAUUCCGUCAGGGUUUCAUCCGGGUCUUCUGUUGCUGUCCAUGUGUGCCGUGUAAGCGCGCGCGUAACACGAUACGUCACGGGCGGACGCUGUUUCCUGCCGGACAAUACACAACGACCGAAAAAUACGACCGUAACGGGUCCAUGAUGCAUACCAUGACUGAAUAUGUGGACGACCACAACAGUGCAGUGACAAGGAAGGACAAGAAAGGCAGGCGUGACAGUGAUGAUUACCUGUAAAUGAUUACCUGUAAAUGUUUACCUGUAAAUGAUGACAAUGAUGACCUUGUCAUAUAUAACCGGGUGGUCGAGUUGUAUCCUGAGUAUGCUAGACUCAGACGUUUGUCUGGCCCUUAUUGGCCUUGUUUCCAGAGGAAUACAUUCGUUUCGAAAGGCGUAUAAUGAACAAGCUUUUCAAUACUCUUUUUCUUGAUAUCGGUCAUUUAGGUUGAACAUAUUUCUCAAAUUGACAGAGACAUUAGUAUGUCAGUAACAGAAGGCCCUAAUUUCACGAAGGACGUUGCAAGUUUCCAACAUGUGACGGCUGAAGGAUAUAUCUGCUUCGUCAUGCUUGUAAAGAAGGUGACCUUAUUAGGCUAGAGGGAAAUAUAUCCGUCAUGUGACAGUGGGUGUAUGUAUAGACGUCAGGAAAGACGAAGCCGUGACCGACAGUGUAUCGGUACUCUUUCUCGUAAUUUCUGAAGGUGAUCAUUCACCAGAGAAAUAUUUGACAGAUUAGUUUCUAACAGAAACAGCUUGGUGGAGUUAUAUUGAAGGUCACCAGACAAGAUAGUCGCAUAGCCUCUAAGCUAUCGAGAGUGUGUGUACAUGGAGAUUAUUUUGUCGAUCAAUUAAUUUACACGACAAUAAAUUAAAAAAAAAAACAUUGAUGACAAAUGUGUUCCGCUAAUUACUGGUUAGGAGCGGGAACAAAAUUGUCUGAAACCUACAGUUUUACCAUCAAAGGUUGGAUAAAUGCUCCAAUAUUACGUGUGGAAUGCAAUGGACGAAUACAAGUGGUUACGUAUUCCAAUUAAGGCUAGGUUUCUUAUAAAGAUGCUUCUACUGUCAUAGAUAGAUGAAUACUAUUGCAUGUCGUUACGUUUUUUCUUAAUGUAUCACUUUUGCAUAACAUAUGUUCCUUCUAUCGGCUUGGUGGUCCCAAACGGAAGUCUUGUUUGAUUAUAGAGUAUUGACCUAGGUCUCGUUGUUACGUGUCCGUUAUCAAAGUGCUAAAUAUUGCGUCAACCUACUUAGUCGACUAUUCCUUUGAAGCUGUGAUGCAAUAUUUCAUGGAGCGAAAUUUAUUUGCUUAUGUCAUGGAUGCCAUUAUAAAUGGAUGUGGAAAAAAUGAAUGAUUAAAAUAGUUUUUUUAAUUACAUUUUGCGUCACUUUGAUCAGAACACCACUCAUGAGGUAGCGCCUUUGUGUAUGAAUGAUGAACUAUACUAUAUCAUACAGCUAUCCCAUACUUCUAAAACUCGUCAGUUUUGCUUACGACAGAAAGAGUUUGGAAAACAGAGGGGAUUUGUUUAAUUGCUGGGUCUAUCGUCCCAUGAACAGCUAGGGUCAUUUUGAGGUGAAGUCUCCUUGUAGUAGUUGGUGACUACCUCAAUGAAUCAUGCGGAGGCCCGUCGCAUGCCAUCCAGAGCAAUUAGGGUAAAGUGUCAAGCCCAAGGACAAAACCACUAUACAGCAUAGACCAGCCAAUUUCUCAGCUUCCCGAGAAACACAAACCGACACGGGCAGGGGCGUCGAGCCACGCACCUCGGAUCUGCAACAGAGGUCACGUGGUCGGUGUUCUUACCGACUGAGCUAUAGCGGCCCCGUCCAGAGUGGACGUUAGACAAAUUUGGAAUGGCCUAAACAACUAAGUAGAGAAGCGGCGGACUUGCAUUAUAACAUAUGUCUAGUGUGGUUGCUAUCUUCGUGGUAUAGUUGUCUUCUUGUCUGAGACCUAUAUAGAUAUUGGUAUAAUUGUUGUGUAAUAUAUUGAUAGAUCAGCUUCUAGGCCUAAGAUAUCUGCUUUCGAUAUAUAUACAUGUAUAUCCUUUAAGCACUUGAAAUGUGACAAAAUGGACAGCUGUGCUCUCGAUACAAUAUGGAUGGAAUUGCGUGCCAGUGUACUUGUCCUUCCUGUUCAAACCUUACCAUUGUUUAGGUUUUUAUGUCAGAAACCAAUUAAACGCGAGCCUUCUGUUUAUGCAAAAGCAUUAUCCAAGGGUACGGAGAAGAUGUUUAUGGUGUAGAGUCUGGGAUUUCAAUGUAUAUGAGAUACAGAUAUGACACAGUCUGACCUAGAGGAUACCUAUAAUUUACAACAAGAUGUAUUAAUUCGUACACGACUGGUGUACACGGGGUUUUAACUGUAAAAUACUUUUAGAUCCGAAUUAAUCACAUAUAGAUGGAGCAUUUGACUCUGUAUCGAAUUAAGUACUUUACACAUAUAUAUAAAUAUUAGCUCUUAAGAACACAGAGGAUAUGGACACUUCCCUGAAGUAUACAUGUAAAUGUGAGUUCUUUUUGAAGUACGUUAAUGGUUGCUAAGACGCUUGCCAGGUACAUGGAUAGGACAGUAGGUUCUAACAGAAACGUGCCAUACUAAUAAGCUUUUUUUUAUGAGUAUGUACAGUGACCAUGAAUUAUAUUAUCAGUAGAUUAUUAUAGCCAAAAUCAACGAGAAAACCGCAACAUGUAAAGAAAACCUUCCUUCCUCGUAAUAAUCGAUAAAUCGAGGUAAAAUUUAACCAGAGGAAGCCUCACACAAAGACGUUUGAAAGCUACAAAGAUAGUUAGAUCAUACGUACCGGAAGGUAAAGCGUCAUCCAUGUAACUUUAGGUUAACUUUAGGUCAUUUUAGGUCAACUCAGGUCAUUUUAGGUCAAUUAAGGUCAACUUAGGCCAACUCUAGUUCAUUUCAGGUCAACUUUAGGUCCUUCUAUGUCAAUUUUAGGUCAACUUUAGGUCAACUCUAGGUCAACUUAGGUCAAUUUAAGGUCAUUUUAGGUCAAUUUAGUGUCAACUUCAGGUCAACUUAGGUCAACGUAGGUCAACUUUAGGUCAUUUUAUGUCAAAUAAGGUCAACUUUAGGUCUACUUUAGGUCAACUUUAGGUCAGUUUUAGGACCAGGAAAUGCUACAUUCUUGUAGUUGUGGACCUAGAUGGUGACAAUAGUGUCAGAAGGUAUGUUUACGAGUAUAAACAAUAUACAUGUAAUAAAGAUAAAGGUAACAUUCAAAAUUCAUUCAAACACAUCAUUCCCAUAUCGGUAAGUGAUUCUAAACAUUUUAAGGUUAUGUUACUUGUGUUUUAUAUGUGCAUGUACUUAUUCCCUUUAAAUAUAUAUUCUUUACCAACAUACCUCUUUGUAAAUAUCCCAAAGACAGUUAAUGAGAAUUUAAUACCUUACAAAGCUGGUGUCAUAUUACAGUUUAUGAUAAAUCGUAAUACUUACUAAAUAUAGCUAUCGAUGGCGUCAAGACAAAUGUAACAAAGGCAAUUGUCUGUAGGUGGUAUUUCUAUUUCUAAAGUCUGUGUUGUAAAUUGAUCACGGCAGACUGCCUUACAGAGAACAUUUAAGUUCUAUAUAUAGUAAAUAUGUUUACUAUAAAUGAGUUUUGUUUCAUUUACGGUACAUUUGUUAUACCGUUCUAAAUUCUAUAUAUGGUAAAUAUGUUUAGUGUAAAUAUGUUUAGUGUAAAUGCUUUUUGUUUUAUUUAGGGUACAUUUUGUAAUACCGUACUUAUAGUAUUGAUUUCACUGGCACGUUUAUUGUGGAUAAUUGAGAUUUAUUGUCAUGCUAUAACAUUUUUGGUGCCACUUAGCAAACUUAUUUUUCAUUUAUAUAUUUGUAUAUUAGGGACAUUCAUAAUUUAUAUAUAUAUAUAUAUAUAUGUUAAGCAUUUACAUAGGAAUUUAUUUCUUGUAUAUACCAGUACAAUACGUAUUAAAACUAUAAGUAUACUUGCCUCUAUGUAAAAAGAAGAGCGUACUUGUAAUUGAUAUAAAACUGUAUAUAAUAUCUUGUAUAAUAUUGUAAUUGUAUAUAUUAUGCUUAUUGUAUAAUAUUGCUAAUCAUAUUAUCUAUGAUUUUAAAGAAAUAUCUUCCAUUGUUCUAUUCGUCACUGUGUAUCAUAUUGCUGUAUUGUAUGUUUGUGUACCGAGUAUCUCAUCUUCGCUAACCAAGGGUUACACUGUGCUAAGCUUAGCGUAGUGUAACCCUUGGUUAGCGAAGAUACGAGUAUCUGCACACCGGAGGUUAACGUACUUAACUCGUUCUAACUGCUAUAUUUGUAUCAGUGCUUAUCAUACUCUACCAUAACGCUUGUAUGAAGAACAAUGGUGAUUAUAAUGCAGUCGUUAAUUGUAGAGAACAUAGUCACUAUCAUUGAUUAUUUUUACGUUUUAGUUUGUAUUUACGUUGGAGAUUUUCCCUUGUAUAUCAUCAAUAUAAAAAAAUCAUUGUUUAA